CAAAUUGAAAUUACCUUAGACAGAAACCCACGAUCCUUAAAGCAUGCCACCAAUCGUCGUAUUCCUCUUCAGCUUUUGGGUAAAGAUGAAACCACAACAUGAAUACGUGAUUAGGAAGGAAGCAUACGAAAAACACUGUUAAUGGAUAUUGUAUGAAGAGAGAAUCUUCAAUGAUGGAUGAGGGAUACCCGAAUAAUUCAGGACGAUAUAAUAAUUUCCGGCCUAGAUCACAGGUAAAAUAAAAAAUAAUUCUCUUGGAAUGGAGAAGCUGAUAUCGAAAAUGCACGAAAAAAGAAAUCUUUAUUGAAAGAGGUUUAUUUAAAGGAAAAACACCAUAAAAAUGAAUAAUGGCGAUGCAUCGCAAUUCUAAUUAGCAAUUUGAAUUGGAAUUAUAAGAAAAAUUAGAUGCUUAGAUUCCAAUGAGAUUUUUACCAGGAAGGAAUACAAAGCAUCUCAAUAAUGAAUGAAGAAAAGCUCUGUGUCAUACUCCAUUUCAGAGAUCUCCCGAUAAUUUGGCAAGGCAACAACAACCAUUUUGCCAAGAGGAUGACAUUAAUGACGAAAUUCAAUAGAUUAGGACCGAGAUGCCUACUAAACCGAAACCCAUCAAACCAGAGGACAAGAAAGAAGAUGAAAAUUUGGAAAUAGGGGCUAUACACGAAGAACUCGAGGUUCCGGUCUCUUCCGAAAUUGUGUUUAGAAAAAUCUGGACAAUAAAGAAGUUUCAGAAGUCUAUAUCAAAGAGAGAUUUUGUGGAUAGUCCUCGGUUCAGAUGUUCUGUGAAUGGAAUGGGAACAAUUUGGAAUAUUUCCAUCAGAUUUUGGAAGGGUCCAAAUGGAAAGAAAGUGACUAAUCCAGUUGUGGUGUGCUUAAAUCUAACCGGAUGUGAAACAGAUGAGACUGGACAGGCCAGGGUUAGAUUUCAGUUCGGAGUUUGGGACGCCAGUAUAAAACAUUGGGAAUGCUGUGCAAUCUCUAAUGUCGUUCUAAAUCUCGAGAACACAAAAGAUCUCCUUUCUGUAGGAUACAAGAGCUUAGGAAUAUUGGACCGUCAUAUCGACCAAUGUAAAGAUGUGAAAAUUAUGGUCAAGCUUCAAAUAAUUCACAAUGAUGAAGAAGUUCACAGUUUAUCUCAAGAUAUGGCUAGAUUGUUGGAAAAAGACUCGAAAGAAAAGGACACAAUAGUAAAAUGUGAAAAUGAAGAAGAGGAAAAUGGAAACAAUUCCAUAAGAGUUCACAGCUGGAUAAUACGAAUGAGAAGCAAUAAGUUGGGAUCAAAAUUACUAGAAUAUAAAAACGAUAAGAACAAGCAUAUAAAAUAUAUGUUGGAUUUCACUUGCUACCCUUAUAACCUCAUCUAUGAACUCAUCAGAUACAUUUAUACGGAUAAAGUUGAUAAUGCAGAAACUUAUGCUAGCCAUUUACUGCCUUUAUCUACAAGAUAUCAGUUGCCAGGGCUAAUAGGACUUUGCGAAAGAACUCUUUUAGAAACAUUGACUCCAGGUAACGUAGCAAGUAUACUUCUUUUGGCAGAUGAAAAUGGUUGCGAAAAUUUAAGGAAAGCUGCUCUACAUUACUGUGAAGAAUCUGAAGAAAUAAAAGGCUGCAUUCAUACAGGAAAAACACUGGCGUGGAGAGUUAUGGAAAUGGUCAAUCCAGAUCUCUUUUUAGAAGCUUGUGAGAGCAUAGGUUCAUCUUCAAGUAACAUAGACAGCGCGGGUUCUUGGAGCGAAUAGACCUAACCAACAAAGGACCAAUUAACAAGAACUUUUUCUUAAUUUUUUUAAAAGUUAUAUUAACUACUAUAAACUUAUUUACUAGGUUAACUGAAUUAAACAUCGAAAUAAUUGUAAAUGUCUGUACUGUUGAUAUAUAGCUAUCAAUACGAUAAUAUUUCUAAAUGAAUAAAAAUUUUUUUCAUAAUCAGAAAA